UCACCAAUCACUAUAUAAAAGUGUAGAAAUAACCUACUGAUUGUCAAAAAACAAUAUUUGUUAAAAUUGAUAGAAAAUUUAGUUAAGAAUAAUUGAAAUUACAAAAACAUGGGGAAAAAGUUAAAAAUUAGUGCAAUUAAGAGAAAUAAUCAAAAAAGAAAUAAACUUACAAAGCAAGGAAAGCUUAAAGCAAGACGACAUAAACCAUUAAAGAAACAAAUUCAGAAAACAAUAGCUCCACCUCCUGAAUCUAUCGAAGAGGAAAGUGAUGAUAACAUUUUGGAUAUGGUCGAAGAAGAGGAUUUAGAAUUUCUUAGAGAUGCUGUUUCAAAUAAGUCCUAUAAUUUACUGAAACAAAUUCGUUUUAACGAAACAGUUGAUGGCAGAAAAAAUAACAAGCACAAUAAAAGGGAGAAUGAUGAAACAUUAGAGGAUAAAUAUGAAAAUAGUAUAUCAAAAGUAAUUGAAAAAGAAGGUGCAAAAACAGUUCGCAUGUUACUUCCUACAAAAUCUCAAAGUGGAAUUAUAGAAACAAAAUUAAUUGAAGAAAAUGUUAAUGAAGACAGUGACAAUAAGUCUGAUGAGGAACAAAAUAAACAGAAUGAUAACAUGGAAAUAGAAUUGGAUUUACAUACUGAAAAUAAAGAUGCAAAUAAGGAACCUGUAUCUAUGAUAGAACUUUUAGCAUGUCGUAGAGAUGUAUUAAGAUCUAAACGUAUAAAAAUAGGAUUACUAUCUAGUAGUCUUUUAGAAGCACCUGAAAGUAAAUGUGAAAAUUUCAAAGUAUUGCUAGAGUUUAUGGAAGAAACUGAUCCAGAAGUGUACAUUAGCGUUCGAAAGUUAGCAACUGUAUCAUUAUUAGAAGUUUUUAAAGAUUUAUUACCAUCCUAUCAUAUUCUUCAACUUCAACAGGAAGGUGUAAAAUUAAAAAAGGAAACACUGGCUUUGCAAAAUUAUGAAGCGGCAUUAUUAAGAUAUUAUAAACGUUAUUUACAAAAAUUAGAAAAAAUGUCCAGUGUAUUAAGGAAAAAGAAGGGAGAUACAAGACAAGUAGAAAAACCAGAAAUUGAAUUGGGCAAACUUGCAGUAAUGUGUAUGUGCAAUCUUUUAACAACCAAUCCUUACUUUAAUUAUUCUGUUAAUAUAGCAAAUUUCCUUCUACUAUUUCUUGACAAUAAACAUGAAUUUAUAAGGCAAGAAGUCUUAAAAUGCAUUUCUCAAGUAUUCAAAGAAGACAAACGUGCCGAAUUAUCUCUUACAAUAGUGCGUAAAUUGAACCAGUAUAUAAAAUUAAAAGCUCAUUCGGUACACUCUGAAGUUGUAUCUGUAUUGUUAUCUCUUCGUAUAAAAGAUAUAAAUUUGGAUAAAGAGAAAGAAGAAGAAACUAAACAAAAGAAGCUUAUGUCUCAUAAACAAAGAAUUCUUGCUCUGAGCAAGAGAGAAAGAAAGAAAAGUAAAAAACUUGAGCAAGUAGAAAAAGAAUUACUUGAAACCAAAGCUGAAGAGAAUAAGCAGUCUAAACAAAAAUUACUUACUGACAUAACAAGUAUAGUAUUUACAAUUUAUUUUAGGAUUUUAAAACAAGCUCCAAAUAGUAAAAUUUUAUCUAUUUGUCUGGAAGGUUUAGCAAAAUUUGCACAUUGUAUAAAUUUAGACUUUUACCAAGAUUUAGUAACUGCUAUAAACAAAUUAAUGGAAGAUGGUAACUUAAGUCUAAGGGACCAGUUAUAUUGUAUUCAGUGUGUAUUUACAAUCUUAUCAGGACAAGGUUCAUCGUUAAAUCUUGAUCCUUACAGGUUUUAUGUACAUUUAUAUAAAGUUUUAUUAAGUAUUCAUUGUGGCAGAACUCAGUCAGAAACAGAUAUUCUUAUAAAAAUUUUAAUUCAAGUUCUAAUUCAGAGAAGAAAAAGGAUUACGCAAAAUUGUUUAAUUGCAUUCAUCAAACGAAUAACUAUUAUAGCUUUACAAUCACAACAUAAUACAGCACUUGGCAUUCUCGGUAUUAUAAAACAAAGCAUGCAGCUUGGAAAAGCAGCAGAUAUUUUAUUAGAUACUGAUUGUACUACUGGAGAUGGUUUUUAUCAGCCAGAAUUAGAAGAACCUGAAUGCUGCAAUGCACAUUGCACAGCCCUAUGGGAGCUUUCAGCUUUGCAACGACAUUAUCACAGUGUUGUACAAAAGAUGGCGAGAAACAUAUCUGGGGGAGUACCACCAAGCGGUGAAGGUUGUUUACCUACGGAAAUUGCAAAAUUUACUCCAGAAGAACUUUACACUGAAUUUGAUCCUACUGGUGUUGUGUUUAAACCAGCAGUACCAGUUCCCAAACAAAUACAUACUAAAAAGAUAACAACACCAAUUCAUCAUUUUAUAAAUAGCAAAUUCAAAGAAUACAUUAAUACUAUAAAUAAUACUGAAUUAUUUGCAGAUGGCUAUAUAGACUUUUAUAAAGCUUAUACUAAUUAAUAUUAUUUGUAACAGAAAUUGCAAAUAUGAAAUGAGUGGUAGAUUACCUAAAUCUAUGCGUACUUUGUAAAUAAUUACAAUUGGUUCUUACAGUUAUUUUGUUAAUUUAAAUAGUAAUAGAUUUACAAAGCUACAUCAUUUAUACUCACUUAUACUGACAUAGAUACUGUUUUCAAAUAAAAAUAUGAAACAAUGUUUUAUUGUACUUGUAA